GACAGGUAUAAGCACCAAACAAGAUGCGUUCCUUCCUCAUCAUCCCGCUCCUUGCACUGAUUGCCGUGGCUGCCGCUCAAGGUGGCCGACGUGGAGGUCCUCAGGGUGGACCUCAUGGUGGAGCGCAGGGUGGACCUCAUGGUGGACCUCAUGGUGGACCUCAUGGUGGAGCGCACGAUGGACCUCAUGGUGGACCCCAGGGAGGAUCUCAGGGUGGUUCCCAGGGAGGACCAGGCGGAGUGCCUCCAAACGGCACUCUUCCCAGCAACUGCACUACCACGACCAGCGAAGCCAGCAGCCGCACCAGCACCGAGUCAUCCUCUGCUUAGGACGCAGCACUCCAGCCAAUCUAAAAUCCAUUUUUGGCUUGCUCUCUU